GGGAAAACGCGACUGCGACCUUUCAGUGCUACCAACGGCCGUAGUCUGUUUGCAAUGUGUAUUUAAAAUGAUUUAAAAUGCUUUAAGAUGUUUUAAAUGUAUUUGUGAAAGACAACAGAACCAAAAUGCUUCGUUGUACGCUGCUGGUUUGCGGCAGAGGAGUCGGGAAAAGGUUCUCCUCGUCCUUCUCCAGUGAGAGCGCUCUGCCUCCCAACUUACUGCUGCCCACCAACCUGGUGGAUCCUUCCAGAAUGAAGCGACCUCCCCCCCCCUCAGACUGCGCCCUGCCUCUCCUGAGGAGGUGCGACGCCGUCGUUCCGGCUCACCUGAGCGCCGUCCGGGCCUGGGUGGACACCCUGGAGCGGCCGGACCAGGAGCCGCUGGGCCUGACCCAGCUGCACCCGGACGUGUUCGCGGUGCCGCCGAGGCUCGACAUUCUCCACGAGGUAGCAACGUGGCAGAAGAACUUCAAAAGAAUCAGCCACGCCAACACAAAGGUCAGGCCAGAGGUCAGAGGUGGAGGCAAGAAACCAUGGAAACAGAAAGGAAGUGGACGAGCUCGCCACGGAAGCAUCAGAUCACCGCUCUGGAGAGGAGGCGGGGUGGCCAAGGGCCCCCGAGGACCCACCAGCUACUACUACAUGUUGCCCAUGAAGGUCAGAGUUCAAGGACUCAAAGUGGCUCUGAGCUCCAAGCUGGCGCAGGACUACCUCCACAUCGUGGACUCCCUGAACAUGCCGUCGCCCGACGCCCAGUACCUGCUGGAGCUCAUCCGACAGAAGCACUGGGGAGACUCGGUGUUGAUCGUAGACGUAGGUGAAGAGUUCCCCGAAAACAUCCUCCAGGCAACGGCAACUUUGAAGACGGUGAACGUUAUUCCAGCAAUUGGCCUGAACGUGCACAGCAUGCUGAAGCACGAGGUCGUGGUUCUGACCCUGCAGGCCGUGAAGUUCCUGGAGGAGAAGCUGCUGUGGCACGACCAGCGGUACACGCCGCUGUACCCGUACAAGCUGCCCUACAGCGACCUCCCCUAGACACACACACAUGUUCUGGUUGCGUUUAUUAUGUGAAAAACAAUAAAUAACAACAUUUAUGUAAAAAAAACAA